AUGCUCGUGCUCGCCCUCGCUCUUCUCGCGACGCCCUCAACCGCCGCCUCUCGCCCCCGUCCGCGGCGCGGGGGGGCACUCAUCGACACGCGCAACCGCACCGACUUCAGCAUCAAGCUCGAGACCGACGCACCGUCGCUCGCCCUCGCGGCGUCUGCCUCGCGCAAACCCAACAAGGCCGCGGGGCUCCUGCUCCUCCAAUACGUUCUCGGGGGUGGGUGGGCGCUGUUAGGUGCCUGUCCGGACGUCGCCACCAUCCAUCCAGCCGUCUCCUUCCCGUUCAACCUCUCCAAGUUCAGCGGCGCCGCCUCACGCGCCGCCGCCCCGACCACCCUAAAGCCCAUCGGCGCCGCGGCCGACGCCGAGCUCGCCUCCUUUGGCGAGGUUGCCGGCGCGGUCAAGAAUGGCGACGUCUCGCUCGCCGACUCCACCGCCAACUCCGUCGGUGUCACGUGCGGCAGCGGCGGCGCCCCUGUGUGGUGCGCGGAGCCGCCGCAGCCGCUCACCGAGCUCUGCGUCUCCGAGGAUCCGAUCGAGGCCUCGGGCUUCACGAGCAACGAGACGGUCUGCACGACCGCCACGGCCCACUCCAAGGGCGAGGCCGACGAGACGGACACAAAGGCGGACUGCACGACCGCCACGGCCCACUCCAACGUCGAGAUCGGGAUCGGUAAGACCUACCCGACUACCUCCACGCUCAACAUCGGCGCCUACGCCGAGCUCGCCCCCCCCUUAUUUGACGAGACCUCCGGCGCGACGAAGAUCGGCGACCCCUCACUCGAGGAGAGCUUCACGAACGCCACGGCCCUCUCAGAGAUCGAUGCGGCCUCGCUGCUCUUUCUCCGCUCUUGUGCGGCCGUGCUGGCGCUGCUCCUCGCGGCGUGCCUUGAGCCGCCGUUGCGUGAGAAGAGGGUGGAGCGCAGCAGCCACGCAGCGAUCUCCCCUGGCGUAAACUGCGUCGACGGCCCGUGCUCGCUCACCGACGGCGGCUCGUGCGCCGCGUCGCCAAACUACCCGAACAGCUACGGCGACAGCGAGGAGUGCACCAUCAGCGGCGUGCCGCCGGUCGAGCUGGAGACGGUCGCCUUUGAUGUGGAGGCAGGCAACGGCUGCCCCUACGACUACCUCACCGUCAACGGAACGAAGUACUGCGGCACCUCGGGGCCGAGUGGCGCGGUGGCGGAGGACGGCGUCAUUAAGUGGCGAUCGGAUGACGUCGUAAUCUGCUGGGCGACCCGGCCGCCUCCACCGCCGUACCCGUCUCAAAUGGCACCCACUCCACCGCCGCCGCUUCUCCCUGGCGGCUACUUCAUCACCGGCCCGUGCUCGCUCACCGACGGCGGCUCGUGCGCCGCGUCGCCAAACUACCCGAACAGCUACGGCAACAACGAGGCGUGCACCAUCAGCGGCGUGCCGACGGUCGGGCUGGAGUUGAUCGGUUUUGAUGUGGAGGCGGGCGACGGCUGCCCCUUCGACUAUCUCACCGUCAACGGCACAAAGUACUGCGGCACCUCGGGGCCGAGUGGCGCGGUGGCGGAGGACGGCGUUAUCGAGUGGCGAUCGGAUUACAGCGUAGUCGGGUCGGGCUGGAAGGCGCGCGCCUGCGAGGCCGAGCUCCGCUCCCUGAUCACGGAGGCUGCUGCUUCGCAAGCCAACGUCUCCAUCUACCUGCCGCCCGGCGACGUCGAGAUCAUCGAGUCGGUCGUGAGGGACUGCUCGGCUACCUAUAACGGCGGCGUCGUCAGGGCGCUGCGCAGCGGUGCGGUCUCGAUAACCAGCUCGAGCGUAUCGGGCUGCUCGGCUGGCAAUCACGGUGGCGUCGUCCACGCGUACGACAGCGGUGCGGUCUCGAUAAAUGGCUCGGCCGUGUCGAGCUGCUCGGCUUAUGUCGGCGGCGUCGUCAGGGCGAUUAGCAGCGGUGCGGUCUCGAUAACCAGCUCGGACGUGUCGGGCUGCUCUGCUGACUAUGUGCGCCGCGUAGAGCUAGCCGCACUCCUGCAGCACCGCACGGCAGCGGGAUGA